AUGGAGAUUUCUGCCAUGGCUUCUUCAACUACUCCAAGACCUUCUCUUCCAACUCCUUCUCCAUACCCGGUAGUCACCACUUUUACCAAACAUCAACCCAGACGCAACCAUAUAGCAUUGCCAACCUCAUCCGCCAUUUCGCUCCUCGCUCUCUUCGCCCCUCCCAACGAAGCCAAAGUCGUUGUCUCCAUCGCCAAGGACCAUAUUGUUGAGAAAACGAUUGACAAGGUUCAGGAAGUGGGUUCGAGUGUUCUGGACACGACACAACGUGUUGUUGAGGUAAUUGGGAACGCUUUGAAGCCUGGCAUCGAAACGGCGUUGUCGAUUGUGCAGCAAGUUGGGGAAGAGGUCUUGAAAAUUGCUUCCCCUGCCAUUUUUGAAGCUUCUAAGAAAGCCCAAUCUUUCAUGGAAGAAGAGUUCUUGGAAGACGAGUUUGGAAGACGAUGUUUUGAAGUAGAAACAACUAUGAUGAGUUUUCGUCCUCUGGUGGGGUGA